AUGAACCUGGGAAGCUACGACUCACCAUGCGGUAUCUUGUUCUGGAAGCGCGCGUUGCUUGCAAAGCUUACUACGGUGAAUGUGAUGAAGCCGCGCUUCACACAUGUAUUUCACGCGCCCCUUAACUAUCUGAAUUAUACGGCGCAGCAAAGAACAACAACCGCUGGUCAACGCGGCCUACUUGGCCUUUGCGGCACUGGCAUCUACCUCACCCUGAGCAUCACUACGGAAAGGACCUCGUCGCCGUUGAUGGCUCCCCAUGUGUCGGCACCUGCCUUCGACUGCGCCGUCUGCCUUCUAUCACAUCCCUCGGCGAAAGGUAUCCGAGUCACGCCUACCGACGAUUUACUCUGCUCCGACUGCUUCGAGCAAGGUGUCAAACCGCAGUUCGUAGCGGCACUGAAGCAUGAACAUGCCUAUCCCGUAAAAUGGGGUGGCAAGGUCCUAGACCCUGCAGACUUCGCCGCGCAUCUCCCUCCCGGCUUUGCACUGAGGUAUCUCUUCGCUGCACGCGAAUACCAAAUUCCGGUUAGGGAGAGGGUGUAUUGCAACCAUCUCCUCUACACCGAAGAGUCUACCGGAUGGCUCAGCGAGAUCAAGAUCAUGGAAGCCGUCGAUGCCAAUGACCCUCUAUGUGAAUGCGGCAGCUUCCUCGGCGCUCUUAUGCCGCCUAGCGAGGCACGAGCUACGUAUGUUUGCCUCAAAUGCAACGGCAGUACGUGCGGUAUCUGCGCAAGUAGCAUCCUGGAGCGACCGCAACAGCACGUCUGCGAGGAUGUGACUGAGGAGUGCAAGGAAGAAGACGCCUUUGAGGGGCUGGUGAAAGGCCAGGACUACCAAAUUUGCCCCGGAUGCGCCGCGCGUGUUGAAUUGAGGGAUGGUUGUAAUCACAUUUUCUGCAUGGGCCCGGGUUGUAGAGCGACCUUCUGCUUUGUUUGCGGAGCCAAGCUCGAACCUCACGAGACCGAGCAUUUCAGGCAGGGCAAGUGUCCACGGUGGAAUCAACCCGGCUCCAGAUAUGCCCACUUCGACCCGCCUGCACAACCCCAACGUCGUAAUCAAAGAGAAGCAGUGCAAGCCGGAGCUAGGGCCGCACAUGUCGAUCCGUUCGCAGCACCAGAGCCCUGGCAGGUUCAGCCCGCAGCCAGCAACGCGCGCUUCGACCCGCCUCCUCCAAGGCAACCACGUAAUGGAGGAAAUCCGUUUCCAGUCCAGCGCGGAGUCAGGAAUAUUGACGACCAUUCUGACCCAAGGGCGCAACUACAGCCACGCGAUGGAGGAAGACUGAUCCAGCCCGCAGCCAGGACCAUGCAGUUCGACGUGCCUCCGCCGGCGCAGCCACGGGCUGAACGCAUAGCUCAGACCGCACCCCGAAACGUGCAUUCUGAUCUGCCUGCGCCGCCACAGCCCACCGGCGCUGUGGAAGCCCUCAAGCCGAUCGCCCAAGUGAUGCAGGCUGAUGAGGUUUUUCGCGAUGCCAUGAACGCCGCUCAGCGUCACCAGAACGUGACUCGAGGCAUCCGUCGCUUUGCUGAUGAUGACACAAACCGCCCCGACCUUAUAACCAUGGGACACUUUACCGAGCGACUCAUUGAAGGGCUUUCACAGCAGGUCAACGGCCUCUCCCUCAAUAUCGGUACCGAGCAUCCCUUGGUACUGGAGCGGAGGCUCGACAGGUAUUUGGACCUGCAUCGCGAGAUCCUGGCGCACGCACAGUUCCGAGGUCCGGGGCCGCUUGUAAGCGUGCUGGAGGGAAGAUGGGACUUGAGGCGCGCCGUGCAGGUGUUCCUGGGCAGGCAUGAUGCGGUGAUACUCGUGCUAGAGGCCUGGGCUACGGAUACUAGAAACUUGAGGAGGGCGCUAAGGGGGGCUGACGGUGGAGGUGGAGGGGGUGUUAUAUGA